AUGACCUAUUUCGAUACUCUUAAGCGCUCCUACGUUGAUGUUGAUACCUCCAAGGGUAUUGAUACCGAGCAGUUCCUCGAAGCCACUGAGGGUCUCGUUAAGCUCUUUGAUUUGCUCGGCUCUGCUGCUUUUUCUGUUGUCCAAAAUGAUAUGAACGGUAACAUCAAGAAAAUCAGAGAGCGUCUCUUAUCCAACCCUACAGCCAAUGCUACUCUCCAAGACUUGAUGGCCACUGAAGCACCUGAAAAAAAGAGAGUUGCUACUGAAGGUCUUCUUUGGUUGACUAGAGGUCUUGAUUUCACUGCUCAAGCUUUGCGUCGUAGUAUGGAUAACCCAGCUGAGGAAUUGAACAUUUCGUUCACCAAGGCCUAUGAAGCAACUUUGAGAAAGCAUCACAACAUGCUUGUGCGUCCUGUAUUUUCUCUUGCCAUGAAGGCUUGUCCUUAUCGUAAGGACUUUUACGAAAAGAUUGGUGUCCUCUCUGACGCUGCUCUCGCUCAAAUGAAGCAAUGGGUUGACGCUCUUGAAAACAUCAUCCGUAUCAUUCAAGAUGUCUUCAAGGCUAAUCCUGCCUACAUCAAGGGCAUGUAA